AUGGAUCCUGAGCGGCUCAUCCCAUGCCCCUAUGACAAAAACCACCAGAUCCGAGCCUCCAGGUUCCCCUACCACUUGGUCAAAUGCGGAGAGAAUAACAAGAAAAGAGCCAAAGAGCUGGCCACGUGCCCCUACAAUGCUCGCCACAGAGUCCCAAAGCGAGAGCUCCAGCUGCACAUCUCCACCUGCACAGACAACAGGGCGCCAGAGCUGUUCAGUGGGACAUCAAUGACUUUCAGUCCCAAGAAGGAACUGAAAGAGACCCCAAGAUCCUGGCAGUGUCCCCCCUGCCAAGAGGACUGGGAGGCAGUUGAUGCUUUGGAUCCAGAGAAGUUAAUACAAUGUCCAUAUGAUAAAUCUCAUCAAAUCAGGGCCUGUCGGUUUCCCUAUCAUCUUAUAAAGUGCAGGAAGAACCACCCUGAUAUUGCAAAGCAGCUAGCCACAUGCCCCUUUAAUGCCCGCCAUCUGGUUCCCAGAGAUGAGAUCAGCCAUCAUAUAUCAAGCUGUGAUGACAAAAGCUGCAUUGAGCAAGACAUUGUGAGUCAGUCGAAUAACUGCUACAGAGAGAAAAUGAACACUGUCAGCAUGUGGCAGCCGCCCCCAUGUGACGAAGACUGGGAUAAAGAGAUCCAGGAGCAAUCAAAUUCUACGUUCGUUUGGGGCACGUUCAAUAGUGGCAUAAACAACAGCCCUGGGUCCAGCGUAGUGAUGGAACCAAAGAAUAACCUAAUGCCAGGCAUGAGAGCACCCAAGUCCUUGCCAUAUAGCCUAUCCUGGAAAAGCAACGCAGAUGAGUCUGGUGCUACUUCUCCUUUUGUUCUUGGCUCCAAGACAAAUCACACCUUAAGCACAAGUCAAAGUCUUGGUGAGAGAGGCCGGGAUGGAAACCAGCAAAUGCAGGCCGUGAGCACCUCAGCAGCAGCAUGGACUCCAAAGGGUCACUCCUGGAGAAAUGGGACAUCAAUGACUUUCAGUCCCAAGAAGGAACUGAAAGAGACCCCAAGAUCCUGGCAGUGUCCCCCCUGCCAAGAGGACUGGGAGGCAGACGCAGAUGAGUCUGGUGCUACUUCUCCUUUUGUUCUUGGCUCCAAGACAAAUCACACCUUAAGCACAAGUCAAAGUCUUGGUGAGAGAGGCCGGGAUGGAAACCAGCAAAUGCAGGCCGUGAGCACCUCAGCAGCAGCGUGGACUCCAAAGGGUCACUCCUGGAGAAAUGCAGGCUCCAUGCCAGGGCUCCAGCAGAUGCUCAACCCCAUUUACGAGUCGGAUUCUGUUUUCUCCCCAGAUGGAAUUAAAGGAGGAGAAGCGAGUGUGAGCUUGGCCCAAGGGAGCGGCGCCUCCAGCCAGAGUGCUGUGGCGAGCACGGUGGUGAAACAGAAGCUGGCCGAGGUAAUCCUGAAGAAACAACAGGCAGCUUUGGAAAGGACCAGCAACCCCAGUGGCCCCCCCAUGCCCUACAGAUGA